AUGUACUGUGCCGUUACUGUUGCUGUUGUUGCUCAAACCUUGGUUACGCUUGCAUCAAAUCCGGUAAAUUUUCCGGAUGAAAUAGCGUGGACGGGAGGAUGUGGAAAUGAAAGCAAUGUCUAUUGGGAGUACAGGGACAUUGGUGGCAAGUGGGAGGUUGGGUGGGUAGAAGUGGGUGGUGGGUCCGGGGCUACCGAAUAUCGGUCUUACUAUAGAACUUGUAUGGUGAGUACCGAGACAGCACUUGCUGUCAGAUUCUUUGUCUGGUCCCGUGGGACCUAG